CAGUCGCAGUCACCGCAGUGCACAGUGAAGGAGAGGCGCAAGCGCUUACUCCGGGUUAGAAUGGCAACGAGGAUGGAUCAGGGAGUUGGUGAGGCUUCCGUUACGGAGGUCUUGGACGGUUUUAACGUAGAAAAGGCCACUCUAAAAAAGUAUUCUCCAACCCUCCUUAACGGACACCUGAAAAAAGGGGCCAAACCAUCGUUUAGAAGCCAUCUCAACGGACACGUUUUAACAUCCUCGUCUGAUGAAGAUUCCAGGAAACUUAAAGGAAAACUAUUACAAAAUGGUGUGGAUAAAUUUAAAAAAACCAGAGCAAUUAAAGAAUCAUUUGAACACCCAAGUAUAUUUGCAAAAAUUCUCACCCAACUUGGUUUUUACAUCCUCAUGUUCCUGGGGUAUAUAAGCCAGGCUUUAUUUCCACCAAAAAUAGCUGUUGAGAAAAAUCGGGAAGGUUAUCCACCUUUAUACGAUCGGUUUUCAAGCUUUUAUUCAAGAUAUGUUUAUCGAAGAAUCAGAGAUUGUUGGAAUUAUCCAAUAUGCAGUGUACCUGGUGCGGAAAUUCAUUUAAAAGACAGAAUAACCAAAGAUAACGGAUGGACUUUUGAGUUCACCGGAACAAUCACAAAGUGCUUAAACUUAGGUUCAUAUAAUUAUUUAGGUUUCGCGGAAAAUCAAGGACCUUGCGCGGAAUUCGCGAUUGAUUCAAUUUAUAAAUAUGGUGUAUCCACGGGGGCUACACGUCAGCAAUACGGCACAAAUGAUCUUCAUAUUGAAUUGGAAAAAUUAACAGCCGAAUUUUUGGGUACCGAAGAUGCAAUCACCUUCGGAAUGGGUUUUGCUACAAACGCCCUUAACCUCCCAACAUUAUUAUCGCCAGGAUGCCUCGUUAUUAGCGAUGAGAGGAAUCAUGCAUCGUUAAUUUUGGGUAUACGAUUAUCUGGUGCUACAGUUAAGGUUUUUAAACAUAAUGAUGUGAAACAUUUAGAGAAAAUUUUACAACAACAAAUUUAUUAUGGCCAACCUAAACGAGAUGAUAAUCAGCAUAAACCUUGGAAAAAAAUUUUAAUUGUGGUUGAAGGUGUCUACAGUAUGGAAGGUUCUAUUGUAAGAUUACCAGAAAUAAUCGAAUUAAAAAAGAAAUAUAAAGCUUAUUUAUAUUUGGAUGAAGCGCACAGUAUAGGUGCUAUGGGUAAACAGGGGAAAGGAAUUGUGGAUUAUUUUGGUGUAAACCCCAAGGAUGUUGAUAUUUUAAUGGGGACGUUUACGAAAAGUUUUGGAUCGGCUGGAGGUUAUAUAGCAGGUUCUAAGGAAUUUGUAUCUUACCUAAGAGAAUACAGUUACGCAAAUAAAUAUGCAGUAGCAAUGUCUCCACCGGUUGCGGCUCAAAUAAUCGGAGUUUUACGUAUAUUGAUGGGUAAAGAUGGUACCGAUGAAGGAAAGAAACGCGUUGAUAAAUUAAUGCGGAAUACCAGAUACUUUAGAAGGCGUUUAGCUCAAAUUGGUGUCAUCACUUAUGGAAACGAGGAUUCUCCGGUUGUUCCGUUUUUAACGUAUCUCUACUCGAAGGUUACGGCGGUGGUUAGAGAAUUGCGAAAUCACAACAUAGCAACUGUCGGUGUUGGAUAUCCGGCAACGCCGUUUUUGGAGUCUCGCAUUCGCAUUUGUCUAUCAGCGGCGCACACGAAAGAGCAAUUGGAUUAUGCGUUAGAAACGAUCGAAAAGGUUGCAAAUAAAAUCGGGUUAAAGUAUUCGAGAAAACCGCGCGAUUUAACCAGUAUCGAUUAUGAUAGUAUCGAUGUAAGCGAUUAACUAAUAAACAACGUCGCGCAUCGAAAUUCGACUUUCGUUAAUUUGGUUGGUUUGAAUGUUUUAUUUUUGAAAAGUUAAUUAAGACCGAAUGUUAAUUUAUAAAAAAGAAAUUUUGUAUUUUCUAAUUUGUUUUUGAAUGUUACGUUUUUUUUGUCAACAUAGGGUUGCUUUCAGUAUUAAAAGAUAAAAAAAACAGCACUUAUUUGGAAGCUUUGUCUUUUUAAAUUACUGUUAUUGUUCAAAAAAUAAGAUAACAUAUCAAAUCAAAAAAGCUUUUUCUAUCUAGUUCUAUAUCUAUAGCCCAGAUUUUAAUAAUAGUAGUACUUAAAGACUCUCUCACUUUUCGUCUUUCUAUUCCCAUUUUUAAAACAGUAUUGCAAUAUUAAAAUUUAAAGGAGUUAAAAUCAAACUGUAACAAUAAUAAAUAAUGCUUAAAUGGCCAGUUAAAAUAGUAACGACAAUUAUUACUCCUUAUCUUAGUAAUAAUAAAAUUCUACAUAAAAAAAAUAACUUUAGUGCAUUCCUUUUUCCAAUAUUUCCGCAUUAGUGACGUAAUACAUAUUAACUCUUUCCAGUAUUUUAUUAUAAUUUGCAAUAUAAUGUUUGUUAUUUU